AUCUGAACAACCUCUUUGCAUCAAUUCGCAUCACCAAACCUCUUUAUCAUGCCUACCACCAACUCCAACUUUACCUCGCACUGGAUGCGCUCCAACGAGACGUCGCGUGCGGACGCCGUUGCACAGAACGUCGCGGGCCGUCGCUAUGCGAUGGACGAGAUGUUCGAUGUGUGGCACAUGCUCCAAGUACGCGGGCUUCGCACACACGCAGGUCUGGAAAACUACAAGGUCCAGACGCCUGCACCGAUUCUCCACUUGGAGUUGCAGGAGGCAAACGUGCUAGACCGCCGGUACGAGUUCCAACCAGAAGAUCCCUUGGGUGACUUGACGUCGCUGUUACAACAGUUGCAGUCGGAGACGUGGGUGCCUGCAACGGCGACCACGGGCGUGCCCGCGGCGUCGCCGUUUUUGUCGCGUGCAAGCUCCUUUAUGCACACAGGUACACCCCCUCCAUCCGCCCCGCCAGGCAUCGCACUUGCUCCGGCCGCUACCCCAACUGCGACUACGCUUCUUGCCCCGCUGCAGAUUAAUUGGAUCUACCUCGACCCCUCUGGCCUCGAGCAGGGGCCGUUUGACGGCACCCAGAUGCACACCUGGUACACCGCCAACUACCUCGCUCCGGACUUGCGUAUCCGCCGUGUCGAGGAGACGAUGUACCAGCCGCUAUCUGAGUUUGUACGCGCACUCGGUGUGUAUGACACACCGUUCUUGACGCCAUUGCCUCAACCGCAAGUUCUGUCCUCAAACUACUUUGGCCAAGACUUUGGUCUGAACUACUACCAGGGAAUGGAUAUGUACGGGUACCAGUGGAAGUCACCUGUGCAGGCAGUGCAAACAGUGCAGGCAGUACAGCCGGUGCAACCGGUGCAGCCGAUGUCGCCGUGGAUGUCGCGUACAACGUCGACAACAGAUUUUAGCUUGCGCUCGCAGUCACCGUUCGCACCGCAGAUUGGGUUUCUGAUGCCAAAGUCAGAGGUCCUCGAGGCAAGUGCCCAGGUGACGACUCCCAUCCAGGAAAAUGGACAGGCGAAUGGCCAGGUGGCUGUCCCCUCGCCGACGAAGGCCUCAUCUGCAGCUCCAUCUCCGGAACAAAAGCCCAAGGAGGAAAAGAAGGUUUUCAAGGAGACCACCCCAGAAGUAGAAGCGUCGGUGGAAGUUGCUCCAGAAGUUUCCACGGAGAUUCUUGCUGCGGCUCCAACUUCAGUAGCUCCUUGGGCCUCUGCCUCUACCAAGGACGCCGCCCCAAAGCUCAAUCUCAAGGAAAUCCAGGCCAUCGAAGCCAAGAAGCUUCAGGAAAGCUUGCGUCUCCAGGAACAGGCGCGUGAACAACAGCGUCUCCUCCUUGCCUCGCGUAUUCUCGCGGAAGGGGUCGAGCUUGAAAGCAGGCCAACGCUUCCAGCGACAGCCUCCUGGGCGUCCACCAGCAGCGCUCUGACGCAGACUCCAAAGAAGACCCUUGCAGAGAUCCAGAAGGAGGAGGCAGAGGCUGCCAGAGUCAAGCAGGUGAAGCCAGUGGCCAAGCCAGACGCCAGUUUCUCGGCAUUUGCCGCUGCUGCCGUGCCGGCUGACGGCGCCUGGACCGUUGUUGGGAAGAAGCCAAAGGCUGUACCAGCGACUACGGCGAUUCCAGCGGCAAAGCCGGUGGCGGUUGCCGCUGCUGCCCCUAGGGUCGUUGCUGCUGCUGCUGCUCCAACGACAGUCGCGAUCUCCACGCCACGCGAGGAGUUCCUCAGCUGGGCCCGCACCAAUAUUAUCGGUUUGAACAGCGGUGUCAAUAAAGAGGAGGUGUUAAACAUGUUGCUCAUGCUUCCAGCCGGUGCAGAAUCUUCUGAGAUUAUUGCCGAUACUAUUUACUACAACUCUUCCACCAUGGACGGCAGACGUUUUGCUUCCGAGUUCUUGAAGCGUCGUCGUGCGGUUGAGCAGACUAGCGCCAGUGCCAGCGACGGCUCCUGGAGCGACGCCUUGCGCAGUACCAAGGUUGUGACCGAGGAUAACGACGGCUGGGGAGCCGCCUUUAAGGUGGUGUCCAAGAAGAAGGGCAAGCGCGUGGUGUAGAGAGAAGAAAAGAGCCGUGUAGAGUAGUGUAUAAAAGAAUAAACCGUUAAACCUGUAUCUAUGACAAAUCCAAACCCCAAAGUAAAU